CUGGGCUGUACGGCGUCACGUCCGCCUCUCUGUCAGCGACAGAGGUGGUGGUGCCGAGUUUCAGGUUAUUUAGACAUUCGGAUCUCUAGGUACAGCUUCAUUGGCUGGAACUGCUAGUGGCUAGAAACCAUGAAGAAACAUUUUGCAUAAAACUUUCACAUGACUGGGGCCAUGGCAUCUUCAACAAACUUAGACGUUGCAGCCCAGUUAAUUGUGGAAGAAUGUGCUACUAGCUACAGCCUUCCACCCAUGCCGGACAUCAAAGUGGAGCAUCAGCUUGACUCUAGCACAGAAGAAGGCCCAGCUCAGAGUGUUACCAUGGGAAUGAAAUUCAUUUUGCCCAAUAGAUUUGAUAUGAAUGUCUGCUCACGAUUUGUGAAAUCCUUGAAUGAAGAGGACAGUAAAAAUAUUCAAGAUCAAGUUAACUCUGACCUUGAAGUGGCAUCUGUCUUAUUUAAAGGUUGAACUUUAUGGUACAAAUUGUUCUGAAUGCAACAGCCACACUUCUCCGUCCCCUGGUAUCCAAGUAAGACAUGUUUAUACUCCAUCAACUACUAAGCAUUUCUCACCAAUAAAACAAUCAACUACCCUAACUAACAAACACAGGGGAAAUGAAGUUUCUACUACACCUCUGCUUGUAAACUCUUUAUCAGUUCAUCAGCUGGCUGCUCAGGGAGAGAUGUUGUAUCUGGCCACACGUAUUGAACAAGAAAAUGUUAUCAAUCAUAAGGAUGAAGAAGGAUUUACACCUCUGAUGUGGGCUGCAGCUCAUGGGCAGAUAGCAAUAGUGGAAUUUCUUCUCCAAAAUGGUGCAGAUCCUCAGAUUUUGGGGAAGGGACGAGAAAGUGCCCUCUCACUGGCUUGCAGUAAAGGAUACACGGAUAUUGUCAAAAUGCUGCUCGACUGUGGAGUUGAUGUCAAUGAGUAUGACUGGAAUGGAGGCACACCUCUACUGUAUGCAGUACAUGGGAACCAUGUGAAAUGUGUAAAAAUUCUCCUUGGUAAGCAGACUGUCACAACUUUAUUAUCAAUAAUAAUACUGAGUACUGCCUGUUCUCGUCAGAAGUAUGAGUUUCUUUUCCUGUUUUACAUAGAAAGUGGUGCUGAUCCAACUAUUGAAACAGAUGCUGGCUAUAAUUCCAUGGAUUUGGCUGUAGCCUUGGGCUAUCGGAGUGUUCAACAGGUUAUUGAGUCUCAUUUAUUAAAGCUACUUCAAAAUAUCAAGGAAUAAUGGUUGGCUUUUUUGCUGGUGUCAGUUCUUGGCUUGGACAUUUGUACUGCUUUUUAGCUCUAUAAUUAGUGACAAGGGUUAGUUGUUUUUAACUUUACUUCAGUUCAGCCAUUUGCUGGUUUUAGUUAAGCUUUUUAAUAUUCUUCGUCGUCUUUCAUUGUUGUUCAUAAACUCAUGCAAUGUCAUCCUUUUCUUAAAAAUAUUUUAUAUAAUUUUAAAAGAAAAAGUUAGUUGUGCAUGAAAAUAUUUGUAAAUAUAACCAGUUUUGACCAUCUAAAUGUUUACACUGAGUGCAGUGGGUGGCACUGUGACGUGUUAUAUUUCGUAUCAUUGAUACAUGUUCCCAGGACAAAAUUUGUUUAGGUAAUUGAGGUGUGUCACCACAGAAGAUACACAUCUUUAGUAUUACCAAUAAUAAAAUAUGCACCAGAUGUGAUUGUUUUCAAGAUCACCAGCUAAUACUACUGCAUAAGCUUUUGGCUUUAUCUGAUUUUUAAUUUGGUAGUAAAUUGAAGGGCUUUGGUGAUGGUAGUUUAAUUUCUACCAGAUUUUUUCCCAUGUCCCUUCCUUUUGUAGUCCUGAAACAGCUAGGCUAGAGCAUCCUAGGUAGAAACUUGUCUGAUAAAAUGAAGCCAAAUUACAAGUGCAGAAUUCCUAGCUCCUAAAUACCCUCCCUGCAGUGGCUGAAAGCAGCCAUCAGCUGUAUAGGAAGAAAAGCCAAAUCCUACUGCAUUCCAGCCUUCUUCAGCCAAAGUGUGCUCCUUUGGAUCAUAGAAUCAUAGGAUAUCUCAAGAUGGAAGGGACCCAUAAGGAUCAUUGAGUCUAAUUCCCUGCACCUCACAGGACUACCUAAAACUAAACUGUAUGACUAAGAACAUCACCCAGGCGGCCCUUGAACUCUGACAAACAUGGUGCCAUGACUGCUUCCCUGGGAGCUUAUUCCAGCGACCAACUACCAUCUGCCUGAGGAACCUUCUCCUAAUGUCCAAACUGAACUUUCUGACACAGCUUCAUUCCGUUUGGUCACCAGAGAGAGAUCAGCACUUCCCCCUCAACUGCCACCCCUUGAUGCAGUCGUAGGCUGUGAUGAAGUUACCCCUCAGUCUUCUCCAAGCUGAGCAAACCAAGUAACCUCAGCUGCUCCCCAGAAGUCUUACCCUCAAGGCCUUUCACGAUCUUGGUCAGUCACAUCUGGACAAGCCAUUAUGGCUUGAUGUCAUUCUUAUGCUGAGGUAUCCAAAACUGCACAGAGUACUCAAGGCGGAGCCACACUGAUGCAUUCUGGGGUGGGACAAUCAGUCACCUCCCUUGACCAGCCAGCUAUACUGUUCUUGAUGUACCCCAGGACAUGGUUGGCCCUUCUGGCUGCAGGGCACACUGUUAUCUCACAGUCAACUUGCCAUCAAUGCAAACCCACAGAACUCUCUCUGCAGGGCUGCUAUCCAGCCUCUCAUCCCCUGCUUUGGCAGGAUGUCCCGACAGCUGUUCAAGUAGAACAGCGUGAUUUUGAGAUUAGUUGAAAAAUUAGGCAAUGUGCACUGAUUUUCUGAGUCCCCUGCACUGAGUAAUGGGACAUGUGAUAGUUUUGGACAAAUAAUAGAUAAACUUCUGUAAGAGACUUCUCAGAAGCUUUUUCCCUGAGUGUACAUACAGACCUCUGUAGAGAGUUCUCAUGUUUUCAUAAGCAUUUCUCCAUUGUGUCCACUAGAGGUCUAGCAUCCGGGCACAUCCAUGCACUCCUAGCCCCCGCCUUUCUUCCUUGCUCCAUGUAAUGUUUCUAUUUGAAAAUAUUCCAUACACAGAGGAAAUCAGUACUGUUGAAAGUACGUGCACUGUGAUCCUGACCAAGGAUGCUGGAAGGCUGGGGCAUCAUCCAGCCGAGUUCUUCUGAGCCAGGGCCAGAAAAAUAACUAAAAACAUUAACUUUGUUACUUCAAAGUGACUAGAUAUGCAAUAGGAGAAAACAUAAGAAAAAAAAAUCCAAACCUGCACGGAUUAAACCUGAAUUUCUGGCCAAAUUUCUCUGUAACUCUACUGAAACAUCAGUGGUGUAUAGAAGGUGUAAAUUGGGCCAAACUUAACCUCUGAAAGGCUGUGUGAGAGAAAAUUCAGAGAUCCAUUUCUUUCAUGAAGCUGAAAAUUGAAAUGUAAUGAACCUAAGGUGAAGGGAGGUGAAGCAGGAAAAUGUAAUUGACCCUGCUGAUGCUGAUGAAAUCCUUGCUGCAUUUGAGUAUUCUCUCUCUCCCAGACUUUUAACACUUGUAUUUUUUAUGUAGAGUUUUACAACAGUUUUACUGUAUCGUGCAUGAUUAAAUCAGGUGAAAGAAACAGUAAAUCCAGCAUGCCUGGAAAGCAAGGUAGGGAAAUAGUUUCGUAAUUAAAAUCUAGAAAAAUGUGUCUUCCUACAAGUAAUUUUUAAAUAACAUUAAGUAGCCAUUACUGUAAAAAUUGCUUAUUAUAAACACUGAGAUUUAAUGGCUGAUGUAAAAAAGCAAUGCAAAAAUAAUGCAAACCGUCUUUUCUGGAAACAUCAUAACCUAUUUCUGAUUAUUUUUUGAGACACUUUGUGUAUGGACAUGCUAUACAAGUGUGCAUAAGUACCAGACUUUGCUUUUUGUAUAUUGUUUGUGUUACAGGAAAAUACUUGUUCUAAUGAUGAACCUUCGGUAUCUGCUUUGUAUUUUGUCUUGCACUUCAAUACGCACUGAGUUAAUAUAUAGGAAAUAAACUAAUUCUUAACUAUUG